AUCGAACUCAUUAUAGCGAGUUGUUUUUCCCUGAUCUCUUGCCGUAGCGUGUAUCACGAAAUAUCGUACGUGCGACUUGGAAGGUGACAAAGAAAUAAACCAGACAAGACGCAAUGUCCGGGGGCGUUCUUUGUGCUCGGACCAGGUCUGUCUUAUCUCACUCAGCACGUCGUCAUGUAUUAGUUGGUCUCAGGGCUGGAAGGUCCAGACCCUUCUCUGCUGCCAGCUCAGAUGAACCCUAUGUUACUGUAUCAACCAUGGACUCAGGGCCCAGGACAGUGUGGCCUGAUGAGAACAUGGGACCAUUUGGACCUCAGGACCAACGUUUCCAGUUACCCGGAAAUGUUGGCUUCGACUGUCACUUGGAGGGAGUGGCAGAACAGAAAACAAAUCCGGUUCAGAGGACUGUACCUGAUGUACUGACCGCACCAAGCAGCACAGAAAGACAUCAAUUUAUACUGGCCCAGUUUGUCAAUGAGUUCCAGGGUAAACCGAGUCCCGUAUUCAUGAAAGUCCACAAAGCAGAGCAGUACUUUAUCCACACAGAGACACCGACAGAAUUACAGACAGAGACAAAGACAGAGACAGACUGUUCUAUAAACUCCUGCCCCGAGUUGCUGAGAAAAGAUCUGGAGAUGAUGUUCCCCUCAGCUCCUGCCUCUUCCAUCACUGUGGUCACAGUGACACACAGACAAAGCAGCAGUGAGGAGGUUGCACAGCCAGAUUCAGAUCAGCUUCUUAACACAUUUGUGAGUGGAGCAAAGGAGAUGUGCCUCGCUCUGUGGACAGCAGGUUACUGGGCCGAUUUCAUCGACCCCAACACAGGAACAGCAUUCUUUGCGUCUCCAUUAAGAGAGUCUCCUUCACAAUCAGAGGACAAACAGAAAGAGAUGAGGCAUUUAGGUUUUCACAUCGAGGUUUCAGGCUCCUGCACUGUGAUCCGACACGUCUUGAAAGGAACUCCUUUGUUUACAGGGACUGUUUUCACAAAUGCACCAACCAACAGCACCACAAUAGCUCGACUACAAGGACUGUUAAUCACUACAGAGGAUGAGGAGUAGAUUAUUUUCCUAUAUUUAUCAGAGAAAAGAAUGAGGAAGACCCUCCUAUUUAUAGUGUAACGAUGAAUGUGUAGCUGCUGCUAAGUCCUGACAAGUGUGACUAACAGGACUUAGGACAGAAUACUUCAUUGACAAGGAAAGAGUUUCCAAAAGACCACAUUUUAGUCACCUUGUUUUUAUGAUUGAAGUGGCGGCAACUUAAAAUCAGGCAGAGCAACUUGAAUAAGUUGUAUUUAUAUAUUUUCCUGUUUCCUGUUUUUAAUGUGAAUGAAAUGAAGCUGCACAUUCGUGUCAGAGCUGAUGAGAGAAAAAUAAAACAGCUGUGAUACUUCACACUUCCUUUCAUUGCAUGUUUGUAGAGGCUGGUUUAUUUUUAUUGUUUAUAUGAUAAACACAUUAAAAGUAACUUAAAAUAAUGA